AUGACAGACGAGGAAUUUCAAGAACUUAAACGUGAAAAUUUCAGUUUAAAAUUACGUAUUUAUUUUCUUGAAGAACAAAAUCAAUCCAAUUUCGAUACUGACGAAUGUCAAACUCCCACAUCUUAUGUACAACAAUUACAAAAUGAAAUUGAACGACUUCAGCAAUGCAUUCAAUCUCAAUCUGUACAAACUGAUAAUUGUCAAACAGUCUGCAAUAUUGAUUAUGAAGAUGAACGUCGUGCAUUACAUGAAGAACUUAAUAAAAUUCGUCGAGAAAAUGCAUCACUUAAAAAAUCAUUAGAAUUAAAUUAUAAUAAAAGUCGUAGUGAUGAACGAGAACAAUCAAUAAUAAAACCGCCGACUGUUAGUCUAAGUAUUCACGCAGCAACAUCAACCGAUUCUGGCCUCAUUACAACAAUGCCUGGUAUGUCAAAUACAUUUUUAAGUAGUAGUGCUUUACAAAUUGAGCUUAACGAAUAUAAAGAACGAGAACGAAAAUUGGAAGAACAAGUUAACUCAUUACGAAGACAACUCGAAACGUCUUUACCACAAACCAAUGAAACUCUUGCUGAAUUAGAUCGUGCUCGUCAACAAAUUCAACAAUAUGAAGUUGAUAUUAAAAAUUAUGAACAACAACAAUCAAAAUCUGAACGAGUAUUACAACGUUUACAAGCUGAUUACGAAGCUCGCAUUGCUACUUUGGUUGAACAACAACGACAACAAACGACAGAGUUUGAUACUUAUCGACAUGAGCCAUUAUUCGCUCGAAUUCGUUUUCUUUGUCCUCUGCACGAUGAAACAAGUCCGACUAUUAAUAUUGAAGAAUAUCGUCAGGCUAUUAAUCAACGAGAUCAUAUAAUUCAACAACUUGAAGAAGCCAUCAAUGAAAUAACAAUCCGUUUACGUACACCGUUUACAAUGAUGCUUCCAACUCAAUCAUCAACAUCACAAUGGUUAGAUGAACAUAGUCUAACUUUAAUUCGUGAAUUAAAUUCUCAAAUGCAAACUCAUUUGGAAACUGUUGAUCAAUUACGCGCCGAAUGUGUUGAGCUUCGACGAAGUGAAAAAAAUUUACGAAAUCAAGUUGAUAGUUUAACUCAACUUAUCAAUACACCUAAUCGAAAUGUGGGAUUCCCUCCUGUACCUCGUCCGUCACCAUCAUCCUCCAAGACCAUUGAUACUUACGAAGAUGCUCGACAAGUUCAAGAUCUUCAAAGCGUAGUUGUUCAAAUAACUUUACGACUUCAAAGUGAUGCAGAAAAUGUAUCCGGUUUAACAAAUCGUGUUGCACAAAUGAUUCGAGAACGUGAUGAAUGGCAAGAGAAAAUGAAUCGAUUAAACGAAGAAAUUGAGAAAAGAAAUGUUCAUAUUCGACAAUUAGAACAACGUGAACCAGAAUUUGAAAGUCGUAUUCGUCAACAAUUCUUAUUACAAAUUGAAAUACUUCAACGUGAUAUUAUAAGUUUAGAAGAUGAACUUAAAAAUCGUGAUCAUCUUUUACAUGAACUUAGAAGUGAAAAGAACGAAAUACAGACACGAAAAGAACAUGAAAGAUUUGAUCAAAUUAAUAAUCAAGAAGGAAUAAAUUUACAAGGUCAACUUCGAACAGCUAAUGAAACCCUUGUAAAUCUUGAACAAGAACUGGUCAAUGAACGAAGACAAUAUGAUGAUUUACGUAGACAAUAUGAUGAUUUACAUAGACAAUAUGAAAAAUUUGAAAGAAUUCAUACUAGUGAUGAAAUACAAAGUUUAAGACGUGAAAAUCAAGCUAUUAAAGAACGAUAUCGUGAUGUUGAUAAUAAAAUUCUUGAAUUAAAAAGAAGAAAUGACGAAUUAAAAUCACAAAUAUCUGUUUAUGAAAUUCGAGUUCAUGAGAAUGUCGAUACUGGUAAACAAUAUCAACAUGAAUUAGCUCAAUUAAAACAUGAAAUUCAAGAUAUAUUACGAGAACGUGAAGAUCGUAUUCGUGAAAUUAACGAAUGGAGACAUAAAUAUGAAAUAAUAAAAGCUGAUUUAAGCAAUGUACAAUAUGAAAAAGAAAGAAUUAUAUCAGAACGUCAAACUAUUAAUAAUGAAAAUACUAAACUUAAACAUGAUAUUGAUGACCUUACAAUUCGAAUUCGUGUACAAAUUCAACAAGAAAUCGAAGAUGAAUAUCGUCAAUUAAACAAUCGUAGAGAAACUGAAAUUCUAAAUAUUCGUAAAGAUAAAGAAACUGUUCAAUAUGAUCUUGAGCAAUUGAGUAAAGAAAGAAUACGUCUUUCAGAUCGUUUGCAAGCAGUAGAAUAUAGUUUAAAACAAGCAUAUGAAAAAAUUGAAAUCUAUGCAAUUGAUAUUGAUCGUCUUAAGAAAGCUCUUAAUAUAUCUCAAGUGAAAAAUGAAGAAAUUGAACGUGAUCUAUCGCGUGCAUAUACCGCGGAAUUAAAAACGAAAACUAAUCGUAUACACGAUUUAGAAAAUAAAUAUCGAUCAGUUGAACAACAAUUAAAUGAAUUUGAAAAAAUAAUUCUUGAUCUUCGUCAAGAAAAUAUUAAACUUGGUGAAUAUAAUGAACGUCUUCAACGUGAGUAUGAUCAAUAUCGACUAUCACAACAAAAGAUUCCUGAUUCUACACAACAAAAUUUAACAGUAUCUGAAGAACGUAUUCGAAAAGAAAUUAUUCAAGCGACUCAAAACAAACAGGAGUUGAUCGAUAUACUUGAACGUAAACUUCUUGAAAAAGAGAAUAUAAUCAAAGAACUUCAACAUGCUCGUUGUUCAUUUUCAACAAAAGAUCUUCACUUAGACCUUGAAAUUGAAAUCGAACAAUUAGAACCUCAAGACGCUGAAGCACAAGCACAGUUUUAUAGAAACUAUACUGAAACAACUCCAGGACGAGAUCGACAAAUUGAAAAAUUCUCUGAGAAUACUCAACAAAUUCGUUCUGUAGAUAAUACUUCGACUAUUGGAACAUUACCUGAACAAUAUCAAAUACGUGAUCGACAAAGGGAACAAGAAUUAACUGAAAAAAAUUUAACUAUUAAAGAAUAUGAACGUCGUAUAGGUGAAUUACAAACAACUGCUAGUAAUCACGAACGUGAAAUUCAAAAUACAAAUGUUAAAUUACAACAAAUUGAACAAACACUUAAUACUCAACAAAAUGAUUUUGAUACUUGUCGACAAAAACGCGAUAUUUUAAAUGUUGAUUUAAAUAUUGCAAUUGAAGAAAACGAAGUAUAUUCAGAAAGAAUUAAACACUUAGAAAAACAAUUAGAAAUGUCUCAAAUUCGAAGUAUCACACCUGAACAAGUUGCUCAAUAUCAAAAUAUAAUUGAUGAUCUUAAAGCUAAACUUCGACAUCAAGAAGAUACUAUACAAAAACGAAAGCAACGUAUUGAUUCACUUCAAACUCUUCAACGUACUAUAUCUGAUUCUGAUAGCGCAUUAAAAGAAACACGUCAUACUCAUCAGAGUAUUCAAAGUGAUUAUAAUCGAACACAACUUCGUUAUGAACAAAUGGAAAAUCAAUAUAAAGCGGAUUUAGGAAAUCGUGAUCAAACUAUUGCUUCUUUACGUAAAAGAAUAAUUGAUAAAGAUCAAGAAAUAGAUAAAUUACGUCAAAGUGAUAUUGCUAAAGAAGCAGUUAUUAGUCAAUUACGUUCAAAAUCUCGUGAAUCUGAUAUAGAUUCACGAAGUGAAUAUUCAGGAGCACGAGCUCCUACAAAUGUUGCCUUAAGAUUAGAACUUCAAAAGAAAGAUGAUCAAAUUGAUGAACUUAAACGACAAUUAGAACGAGCUCGUAGAGAUAUGUCUUUAAGUGGACGAGAUGACUCGUCCACUAUUCAACAUGCAAAACGAGUAGAUAUUCCACAUCGUCAUCGUUCGACAAAUUUUGAUCAUCUAAAUCGUGAAGAACUUCUAUAUGAACUUGAAAUGGCUCUACAAGACAAUCAACAAUUAGUUCAACAAUUAGCAACAAAAACACCUAAUAUAACCGAAUUACACAAUCAACUACUUGAUGUACGCAAAGAACUAGCACGUCAAAAAUAUGUUAAUCAAGUUUUAUGGCGUAAACUUGAUGCAUUAAUUGAUAUCCAAGGUUCAAAUACUCGAGCCGAAUUAGCCAUUGAAUUAGCCAAUUAUCAUGAUGAACUUGAAGCAUUAAAAGCUAAACAACAUCGUACCAAUGAUACACGUCUGGCUAUGCUCAAUGCUAUUUCGAGAUCCUCCUCAGAAUUGAAUAUUAGUAUAUUGAAUAAUGAUAUCUUAUUAUCAACUACUGAAUUAUCAUCGAAAAAUAUUAAAUCAACAAUUGAACCAUUACACCAUUCAAAUAUUGAAUGGCGAGAAAAAUUCAGUCGUCUUAAAGAAAAAUAUUAUCGUUGUGAAUAUCAAUCAAGAAAUUAUUAUCGAAAAUUAAUCAAAUAUUACAAAUUAUUAUAUGAUGCUGGUCUAAUUGAUUCUUCUUCUAUUCGACAACGUCGACAUAGUGCCGAAGAUUCUAAUCGGAAAUUUUCUACAUUUAUUAAUAUGAUUAAAUCAAAUGAAGAAAUGGAUAAUUCUUAUAAUAUUAAAAAUAUAGAAGAACUUCAAGAAAUAAUUCAUAAUCAAAAGAAAUAUAUUGAACAAUUACAAUUACGUGUUCGUCUAAAUACACCAGAUAUAAUUCAAUCAACAACAUUACAACAAUUGACUGAACAAAAUAAGAAUUUAAAUCUUGUUAUUGAAACUUAUAAAAAUGAAUCGAAUAUACUUAAAAACGAACUUGAAAAACUCAAUAAAACUAAUGAAUAUAAUCGAAUAACAUUACAACAAUAUCAAAAUCUUAUUAAAAAACAACAAAAUUACAUUGAACAAAUAAAUAAACAAUCAAAUCAACAUGAACAAUUAUCCAAGAGACAUGAUCUUCAUCCAGCUAUAUUAAAUGAAAAACAAAAUAGAAGUGAUAAUUUAAUAAUUGAUUUAAAUAAAAAUAUUUUAUUAGAAUAUGAUAAAAUAAAAAAAACAUCAUUGAAUAAAAAAGAUAGUGGUGUUGAAAGUGUUGUAGACAGUACUCGUUAUACUUUAACACAACAAGAAUAUCAACGACAAAUUACUGAUAAAGAUGAUCGUAUUAGACAAUUAACAAAAGAACUUAAUGAUUUGAAAAGAGUUCAUGAAAAUGAAAUAAAUCAAUAUCGUCUUAAAUCAGAAAAAACUCAUACAGAUUUAAUUGAUGAUUUAAAUGUUAAACAAAAUGAUUUACGUCAAGCACGUUUACAAAUUGAUUUAUUAAAAUCUACAAAAACUCAACUUGAACAAGCUCAAGAUCAAAAUCAAAGAUUACAAACUGAAAUAAAACUUUUACAAACUGAAAUUAAUAAUAAAAAAGGUUUAAUUGAUCAUUAUGAAAAUCAAAUUAAUUUAUUAGAAAAACAAGUUUCAUAUCGUGAUGGUGGUAAAGGUGAAAUGACUAUUCGAACAAGUGAAAUGUCAGAAUUAUUAGAAGAAAUGCGUCGUCUUCGUCAUGAUCUUGAACGAAGUAUUCAUAAACAAAAUGAAUUACAAGCUAAAUUAGAUGAAAAUAUGCGUCUAUCAAACACAGCACAUGAAUUUACAUUUUCCGGUCGUGGUGUUUCACAUCCUGAUCUUCGUAUAAUGGGUACAUCACGUUCAGUUGACGCUGAAAAUAUAUCACUAACUAAUGUGAUUAAUGAAAAACGUUCAAGACCUCUUGGAUCAUCAACAACAGAACUUGAAACUGAAAAAAUACAUUUUGGAAAGAAAUAUAUUGUUGGUGAAUUAGAUAAUCAUGAAAAUCUUCGACGAUUAAUAGCUGAUAUUAAAAUUGAAUUAAAAGCAAUUGAAGUUAAAAUUAAAGAAAGACUUCGAUCAAGAUCUACUUCAUCAACAAGUGAACCAUCAAUAGAAUGGCUUGAACAUCGUUUAAAUUCUCUUAAUCAAUGUCUUAUACGUUUAGAACAAACUUAUCGAUUAAUUGAAUCAUAUUGGCCAGCAUAUUUACCAAUUAAGAAUAGUUAUGAUGAACAUCAAUUUAAUGAUCCACAUCUUGCCGAUGAAAAUAAAGAACUUCGAAUAUCUCAAUCAAAAUAUAUUCAAGAAUUACAAAAUUUAAAACAAAAAUAUAAAGAACAAUCUGUUUAUAUGGAUCAAGUACUUUCUCAAUUAACAAAAGCAAAUCACAAAAAAGCUAAUACAGACGAUUAUUUGGCAUUGCUACUACGGCCGACGUUAGAUGUUUUACAAAAAGCUCGUUCAAAUAUAGAACAUCAUUUAAAAGAAUCUAACAAUAUAAAUAAUUUAUCACCGAGUAGUAUUCAAUCACAUCAUCAUCGUACCGAUCGUUUAGAUUAA